AUGACGACGGCGAUCAAAGAGAUUUACGGCCGCUUUUCCAACAUCUACACGUCCUUCUCGCCGCCCGCAGUUGCCAAACGCACUGGCGAUGGCGCCUCCCCACUCAGGAUAGGCAUCCUUGGUGCCGCCAACAUCGCGCCGUUUGCCAUCAUCAUUCCUGCCAAAUCACACCCCGACGUCAUCAUCUCGGCCGUCGCUGCACGAUCCAAGGACAGAGCCACCGCGUUCGCCAAGAAGCACAACAUCCCACACGUCUUUUCGAGCUACGACGAGCUGAUCAACGACGCUGGCAUCGACGCCGUCUACAACCCGCUUCCCAACGGACUGCAUUACGAGUGGACGCUGAAAUGCAUCGCUGCCGGCAAGCACGUCUUGCUGGAAAAACCUAGCACCUCGAACCAGGCCGAAACAAAACAUCUCUUCCAACAAGCCAAGAAGGCCAACGUGCUCGUCUUGGAGGCUUUCCACUAUCGCUUCCAUCCAGCACUUCAUGAGUUUGCUUAUCGUCUGCAUGAUUUCAUGUCACCUCAGAAUCCGAUGAUGGCGGUAGACGCGUAUCUGCUCGCUCCGGCAGGCGCGGUUGGCGAUGCCGAUAUCCGGUUUGAUCACAAACUGGCAGGUGGAGCGCUGAUGGAUGCAGGUGUCUACCCGACCAGUGCGGUGCUGUAUACCAUGAGGGCUGCUGCCGGAACGUGGCAGCGAGCCAACUGGGAACAAGGCAUUGAAGUGCGAGAAGCGAGACCUACGCUGUUCGAACCACGAGUGUCUAGCUCGCAAGCGCAUCUCAACCAAAAUGGAGAUCCGGCGAUCGACGUUGGAAUGGAAGCUACGCUUCUCGUGCCCACCGCUCGACCUGCCAAACUGCCAUGCAAGAUCGAAACGUCUCUCGGGCGAUCUCUCUUCACACUGCCUUUGCUCGGAUGGCGAGUUCCGAACCCGGGUCGUCUCGCGCCCACCCUGAAAGCCACUUUCAAGGACGGCAGCACUGUCGAGCUGCAAAACUUUGUUGUGCCUUUCUUUUGGCACACGAUCAAGGCCACUUAUCGCGGAAAAUCCGCCUCGGACGCGGGCGUAGCGCCAGGGACAGCCCGCACCUACAAAGCGUACGUCCCCAGCGACAAUUCCGGGACCGAACAGAUGCGCAAAGCUGCCAAAGACGGUCAUUGGCCCAAUAGUACCGGUGAGGCAUGGUGGUCGACGUACCGCUAUCAACUUGAGGCGUUCGUGUUGGCAGUCAGAGCGGUGCAGAAGGGUACAGAGCCCGACCAAGUGGGUGCGAUCAACAUGAUCAAUGAGGACAGAGACAAGAGUACACCCAGGGUUCCCGUCUGGGUCCACAACGAGGAGUCGGUCAUUAUCAUGCAGGCCAUCGAUGCAAUCUAUGAAAAGUCGGGCUUGGCAAAGAGGGUCUCCCCGACGAGCUCCUAG